AGCGCUGACGUGACCAUGUGUCACAGAGAAAGCACUUGUUUCUUAUCAGCUAUGGAUGGCUUUUGCAACACAUCAUUUUGGAACACAUCCUCCUCAUGGGACACCGAGCUACCCACUGUGAGCCCCUGCUUCCGGCACACUGCCCUUGUUUGGCUGCCCUGCUCGGCUGCCUGGCUGCUGGCACUCUGCGAGGCCUGGACGCUGGGCCACAGAGACAGCAGCCAUACCAUUCCGUGCAGCGGGCUCUAUGUCACCAAGCUGGUCUUUCAAGUGUUGACUUUCAUUGUGUGCACAGCAAAACUGGUGGUGUCCUCGCUGCUCUACCUUCACCAUGAAGCAGACUUGGCAGAAGUGGCCGGAGCAUCUGUAGUUCUUUGCACACUCGUCCUAGUAACCAGUCUCACCAUGUGGGAAAGGUGGAAGGGGCUACAGUCAUCUGUGGUCAUUCCUACAUUCUGGCUUGUCUUUGCCAUCUGCACAGCGAUCACAUGCUAUGCAGAUGUUGUAGAUUUCAAUUAUGAUCUGCAGAACCCCGGUGUGUUUUGUAGUUUCUCCCUCCUGCCAUUGACUGUAGUGCAGCUAGUUUUGUCCAGUUUAUCUGAGAAACCAUCACCUUAUGCGCCUCUUGACACACAGGCACAAUAUUGCGUCCUCCAAGAGUGGACAAUCAUCCCCAGAAUAUUCUUCACUCAUAUGUGGCGAAUUGUCCUGCUUGGAUAUCAUGGCAAAUUGAAUGUGUCCACACUGCAUCGACUUUGCACAGACCUGAAAUGUGCUAAUGCAUUCAGAGCAUUCCACAAUGCAGCUACUAAGAGACCACAACAACUCAGGACACUUGUUGAUGAGCAAGGCUCACUCAUCAGGACAGCACCAACGCAGGCUCAGAACCAGCGGUCACUUUACUGGGUGGUCUUCAGGGUGUGCUGGUUUCAGCUACUUGCAUCAACAGUCCUUGAAGUCUUAGGUGUGUUUGUCAGCUUUCUGCCACCUGUUAUGUUAAGCCUUAUCUUGACAUUUGUGCAGAGCAAAGAGUAUACAUGGCACGGCUAUGUGUACGCCUUUGGCUAUGCUGGCUUUCUCUUCCUGAGUGGGGUGCUGGAUGCCCAUGCUGUUUACUUCAUAGAGUUUGGAGCUUUCAGAGCUCAGUCAGCUUUAGUUGCUGCUCUGUACAGAAAGGUGUUCCGCCUGGCACCGAGUGCACGCCGCCAGUACAUGGCAGGCGACGUGAUGAACCUCAUGUCGGUCGAUGUAGAAGAGGUGAGCACGUUCCUGACGCUGAGCACCCAGGUGUGGACGGUGCCACUGCGAAUUGCACUCACCCUCGUGCUACUGUGGUACUACUUGGGCGCCUCAUGCCUGGCUACUGUAGGUGUCAUGUUUGCUGCUGUGCUGGCAACCACCUAUGUGGCCACCCUCUGCGACCGCUUCCAGGAGAAGCAGAUGGCGUUAAAGGACAAGCGGAUACGUCAAAUCAGCGAAAUCCUGAAUGGAAUUAAGGUGCUGAAAUUGAGUGGUUGGGAGGUACCUUUCAUGGAGCGAGUACAGCAGACGAGGCUUCAAGAGGUGUCCUACCUGAGAAAGUUCUCUCUGCUUGACUCGGUGUUUGGUUUCUUGUGGACCUGUGCUCCAUACCUGGCUGCCCUGGCGUCUUUUGGCACCUUCCUUGCAGUCAACCCAUCCAAGCAGCUCACUCCAGAGAUUGCAUUUGUCUCGCUGGCCCUCUUUGGCCUGAUGCGAUUCCCCAUGGGGAUCCUCCCUGAUGUCAUCUCCAAGUUUAUCAGGUUUGUAGUGUCUAUGGGCCGCCUGACCAAGUUUCUCAGGGAAGCAGAACUUGACGUGGAUGCAGUUGGUUGGAAUCCAGAACAAGGACAGUCAGUCACUCUGAAGAAUGCAACCCUGUCGUGGUCAAGGAAAGAGGCUCCUGUUUUGAAAAAUGUGUCACUCAGUGUCAAGACUGGUAGUCUUGUCGCAGUGGUGGGCUCUGUUGGCUCAGGGAAGUCGUCACUGCUAUCUGCAAUCCUGGGUACACUGGAAAAGGUGUCAGGCACAAUUGAUGUUCAGGGUCGGCUAGCUUAUGUGCCACAACAGUCCUGGAUCCAGAAUGCCACAGUCAAGGGUAAUGUGGUCUUCAUGAACUCACUGGAUGAAGACCGUUAUCGUGAAGUCAUCGAGGCCUGUGCUCUCUUGCCGGACCUGGAAAUGCUCCCUGGCGGAGAAAACACCGAGAUUGGGGAAAAGGGUAUAAAUUUGAGUGGGGGCCAAAAGCUGCGUCUUAGCCUGGCCAGGGCAGUGUACCAUGAUGCGGACGUCUACCUCCUGGAUGACCCCUUCAGCGCUGUAGACGUGCAUGUUGCGGCCCACCUAUUUGAGCACGUGGUGGGGCCCAAUGGGAUACUGAAGUCAAAGACAAGAAUUCUGGUGACACACUCGGUGACUUACCUGCCUCAGGUAGACUGGAUCGUGCUGCUCAACCAUGGGGUAGUGCAAGAGCAGGGCACUUACUCUGACCUUGUGAGUCGUGAAAGGAGUGAGUUUGCAGCAUUUAUCCAGCACCACAUCAAGGCGCACCCUAGUAGCAACAGCCUUGCAACUGCCAGUCACAAUGGCUCCAAGGACAGGCUAGUGGAUCAACCCAAGGAUGGAGCAGCAACAGACAAGUGCACCCUGAUUGAAGAGGAGACUAUGUGCACUGGAUAUGUUGGCCGUCGUGUGUACGGAAUGUACUUCAAGAAAGUUGGCUGGCGUUUUCUCAUCCCAGCAUUCAUAACCUGCACACUUGCUUUUGGAAGUGAGUAUGGCUCUGCUGUGUGGUUGAGCAAGUGGUCCCAGGAUGCAGAUUUGUCACGAAGGCAUUUCUACCUCAUCGGCUAUGGACUUUUUCUGGUGUCUUAUGUGGUCUUCAACUUUGUUUUCUGGAUUAUAUUUGUUGUUGGCACACUAAGGGCAGCCAUCUGGUUUCACCAGCAGCUGUUACACAGCAUCAUGCGUUCACCACUCGCUUUUUUUGACACCACACCAAUGGGCAGGAUCAUCAACAGGUUCAGCCGUGACGUUGAAUCAGUUGACAAAGAGGUACCCAUCAAUGCAAACAUGACAAUGUGCAAUAUUGUGUGGGGAAUGCAGCUGCUGAUUCUCAUCUGCGUCAUGUCAGCCUACUUCACGAUUGUGGUCAUCAUCGCUGUGUUUAUUUUUGCAAGCAUUACGAUAGUGUCGCUACCAGCAUUUCGGCACGUCCAGCGGUUGCGGUCAGUGACACGCUCUCCCAUCCUGUCACACCUCAGUGAGAGCAUUGCAGGUGUGGUCUCGGUGCGAGCAUUUGGUGUUACCAAGCAAUUCAUCAGUGCCCUUGAACGCCAUGUGGACGCCAAUAUCAACUGCUGCUACCACUCCAUUUCCUUGGACUGCUGCAGGCUAAUCAUUGCCAACGCACUGGCACUCGUGGUGUCUUUGGGAGCAUCAAUGUUGACCAUUGCUGGGAGGAAUGCUCUGAGCCCAGGAAUGAUUGGCCUCGUGUUGUCGUACACCCUGGAGGUGUCAAAUGCGGCAUCGUACACAUUCCGAAUGUUUGCACUGCUUGAGACUAGCCUUGUGGCUGUGGAAAGAAUCAAGGAGUACAUUGGUCUUUCUGAAGAGGCUCCAUGGAGAAAUGUAGACACACAGCCCGCUGCUGAUUGGCCAGCAAGAGGGGACGUUGUCUACUCAAACUACAGUGCAGCCUACAGAGAUGACCUCGAGCUCGUUCUCAAGGGAAUAAACAUCAAAGCCUCUGAUGGUCAGAAGAUUGGCCUCGUUGGAAGGACAGGUGCUGGCAAGUCUACACUAGCACUAGCCCUCUUCCGAAUCAUUGAACCCAAAACAGGCAGAAUCAAUGUGGACCAUGUGGACAUUUCCAAGAUUGGCCUUCACGAUCUCCGUUCCAAGAUGACCAUCAUUCCUCAGGACCCAGUGUUGUUUGCGGGCACUUUGCGGUGGAACCUGGAUCCCUGCGGAGAGUACACGGAUGACGCUCUGUGGCAGGCACUGGAACAGGCACACCUCAAGGACUUUGUGGCCACCCAGGAUGCUGGCCUGGACUAUGAAGUGGUGGAGGGUGGUGAAAACCUUAGUGCUGGCCAGAGGCAGCUGGUGUGCCUCACUCGUGCCCUUCUGCGCAAGAGCAAGGUGCUGGUGCUGGAUGAAGCGACCUCGUCUGUGGACCUGGCCACCGACCACCUCAUUAAGGACACCAUUCGCCGAGAGUUUAGGAGCACAACAGUGAUCACCAUUGCCCAUAGGCUUCAUACCAUAAUGGACUGUGAUAAGAUUGUGGUGCUCUCUGCUGGUGAAAUAGUGGAAGAAGGCUCCCCAGCUGAACUCAUCCAAAAAGAAGACGGCCUGUUUCUUUCUAUGGCAACAGAUGCUGGCCUUGCAUGAAAGGCCCUGCUUGCUUUAUUGCAUUCUUGCACAGUUGUCAAGCCCGUGAAUGGAACAGUCAUUUCAGACUGCCUUAAAAUGUGCCUCGUCGGGCUUGACACUUCAGCCAUUCACAUUUCUACAGGCUGUAACAUGAACGGUAUAUUGCAUGCAGAGUAUGCAUCUUGCAAGAAACUCAUUUCUUUACUGAAUAUUUAUGUUACAUUUUACCUUUUUACUGUCUGUAAUCAGCUGUGAAGCAGCUAGAAAAGAAAUAGGUGUUCCUAUUCAUGUGUAUCUUCAUUCUUGUACAAAAAUCUUUACACAUCCAUUUUAACGCUAUAGACGGGUAUAUGACAGUCUUCAGGUUAUUUUAUCAUUUCCUUAGGCAGUACACAUUUCUCAAAUAAGUUUGUCCUCCAAGAGGCUUAUUAGCUUCAUUGUAAGCAUUUAGGGGAACAAUCUAUGUUAGCAUUUCGCAGUAUUCACUCUUUUACCAGACUCUUUUUGAAGACCAUGCCUUAGUGCAUGAAACAGAAACAGGCAAAAACUUAUUUUGUAUUUAUCCAUGCGGUUGUUUCUAAGCUGCAAUGCAUUGUGCCUACCUUGCGAAUUUCCUAGGUCAGGACAUCAUUUCCACAUUUGCAUGUGUCCUUAUACAGGUUCUCAUUUUCCUUUUUGUUUCCAGGACUUCAUAUUAACAACAAUUGCAGACAUCAGUGGCUACCAGCACAAAAGUUCUCCCAUGAAUAGUAAAAACGUAGACAUUGUGAUAAGCUGCUUCUUUUUGCAAAAUGUUAGUGUACUGAAUUUUCAAUAAAAGAUGCUUACAUCAGAUAAGCACUUUAUAGUUCAA